AUGGCGGCGGCGGCGGUGGGCGCGGCGGGCGGCGCGGGCGGUGCGGGGGGCGCGGGCGGCGCGGGGCCCGGCGGGGCGCGCGAGGGCGCGCGGGUGGCGGCGCUGUGCCUGCUGUGGUACGCGCUGAGCGCGGGCGGCAACGUGGUCAACAAGGUGAUCCUGAGCGCCUUCCCGUUCCCGGUGACCGUGUCGCUGUGCCACAUCCUGGCGCUGUGCGCGGGGCUCCCGCCGCUGCUGCGCGCCUGGCGCGUGCCCCCCGCGCCGCCCGAGUCGGCCCCGGGCCCGCAGCCCGCGCCCGGCCCGCUGCUGCCGCCGCGCUUCUACCCGCGCUACGUGCUGCCGCUGGCCUUCGGCAAGUACUUCGCGUCGGUGUCGGCGCACGUCAGCAUCUGGAAGGUGCCCGUGUCCUACGCGCACACCGUCAAGGCCACCAUGCCCAUCUGGGUGGUCCUGCUGUCGCGCGUCAUCAUGAAGGAGAAGCAGAGCACCAAGGUAUACCUGUCCCUCAUCCCCAUCAUCAGCGGUGUCCUCCUGGCCACCGUCACCGAGUUGUCCUUCGACAUGUGGGGGCUUGUCAGUGCGCUUGCUGCCACCCUGUGUUUCUCGCUGCAGAACAUUUUCUCCAAGAAGGUUUUGAGAGAUUCGCGGAUCCACCAUCUCCGGCUGCUGAACAUCCUGGGCUGCCACGCCGUCUUCUUCAUGAUCCCCACGUGGGUCCUGGUUGACCUCUCGGCUUUCCUGGUCAGCAGUGACCUGACCUCCAUCUCCCAGUGGCCCUGGACGCUGCUGCUGCUGGCCGUCAGCGGCUUCUGCAACUUCGCGCAGAACGUCAUCGCCUUCAGCAUCCUCAACCUCAUCAGCCCGCUGAGCUACUCGGUCGCCAACGCCACCAAGCGCAUCCUGGUCAUUGCCGUGUCGCUGCUCACGCUGCGCAACCCCGUCACAGGCACCAAUGUCUUGGGCAUGCUGACAGCCAUCCUGGGCGUCUUCCUGUACAACAAGACCAAGUACGACGCCAACCAGCAGGCCAAGAAGCACCUGCUCCCGGUGACAGCGGGGGACGUGAGCGGGAAGGUGUAUCCCCGGAACGUGCCGGAGAAGCCGCAGAACGGCGUCCUCUUCCCCCAGCACGGGGCCUACCUGGCCGACCACUUCCAGUACAGCCGCCAGGGCUACCCCAGCGCCUACGCUUUGAACCGAUACGACGUGUAGAGCCCCGAGCCCUGGCGGGACCCCCGUGACGCCUUCCCUGACCCCCCUGGCAGCAGCAGAAACACUGACCGCUGGUGAACACCAAACCCGGCUGGAGGGACUGGGCGGAGCGCCACGUGUCCCCAGCGUCCUGGCCGUGUGCACUUCCUGGGGCCGUGGGAGGCCUUGCCCUUGGUGGGGAUGGCCGUGACAGACCCGUGCUUUACAGAUGCUCCUUACUCCUGGCGCUGGGGAAAGCUCGGCCAAGGUUCGCCUUUUCACAUGGAACGGUCCCCAGUGAGCUCCGGUUGAGCUUUCCCAGGAAUAGCCAGGACCCCGGCCAAGGCGGAAUCUACGGAUGUGGACCCCGGGGCCAAGGGGCCUCCUGUGUGGCCAGGAGGGGACGCUCGGCUUGCCACGAUCGCUGCGUUAACUCCCACUGCCCGCGAUCUCUGGGACGGACCCAGGCGCGGGGUGGAGGGACCCUAGGGGGGGUUAUUAAAAGCACCUCCGGCCACAAGCUGGGACCCAGCGUCCCUGGUCAUCUGAACAGCCAGCAUUCAACGCGCUCAGCCUUCAUUCCGGAAGUCUGAUUCUUCGAGAUGUGAUUUGGAGGCAGCGUUUGCCCAGCUCUGCCCCUGGCCCGUCUUCCCUGCCAGGAGUAGGUGGGACGCUCCUUCGGGGAAAUAAGGAAGCAACUGCUGGGGCCAAGGGGUCGGGGGAGCACAUCCCGGGGCCUAGGGAAGGAUUGUUGGGAAAUCACAGCCGGGGUUCGAGCUCGAUUUCUCCAGGACUUGUCCCCCCUUGCGGUGAGUCUGCACUCCUGCGAUGAUGCACUGGGAGGUUUCAGGGGGCUGAGUUGACUUUGCGAGGCAUUUUUCCAGGGAAUAUUUUGUACUUGGCGUUUUUGUGUCCUGGUGCCCGUGAGGGGUCCCCUUGGGGCCGGCUGGCAGAUGGAAAACGCUUUUGCUUUUAAAUGUCUGACAACCAGCCGGGUUCCUCUCGGAGGUGCCUGCUGCAUCUUGGAGCCUCGGUGGGGAGCUGUGAAACGUCUUGCGACUCCUCUCCAGUAACAGUCGUUGAAGACGGAAACAAAUCAAGUUUAUCUCCACGUUUGUGUAUCGGGGACCAGGCCAUGGCGUCGUGAUGACGGGGAUUGGCUUCUGUGUUAUUGGCAUUACGUUUGUGGAAUCAUGUCCUGGCUGAGGGGAAAGGGUUGACCGCAGGCCGCCAUUCAGUUUCCCACUUCAGAUUCUUCGGCUGAGAGGAGGUUUGGGUUUUGGCAGAAACCCAUCGUGCAGAAAGUGACGUGGCCCUGAUGGGUAACUCCUGGGUGCUGGGGGACAGGCUAGGGUUUGCUGUCACCGGGAGAUGACCAUGCCCUUGCUGGGGGGGGCCGCCGGCGUGGCUUCUGGGGUCCUGGGCGAUGGCUGCGUCCUUUCUUCCCCGCUGCCCUCGGCCUCGCGAGUGCUGGUGCUCAUGGGCUGUGACGGGGACUUGCUCCGUCCCUGGCGACUGAGACGUUCCCCUAUUCGGAGAGGAAGGGACACGGCUCCCGCGUGCCCCCACUUUCUGGCCAUUGGGAUCGUACAUCUAAACGGUUGGGUUUCCUCGGCGUCUGAGUGGACUGCUCCGGAAGGGGCUGGGGAUCUGGCUGCUUGCCCCCGAGCACAUACCAGCGGUCUCGGGAGAGUCCCUCAGUCUGUCCGGUCAUCCUUCGCUCCCUGGAAACCCUGAGGCCCGAGUUUUGAGGUGAUUGCUGAGUGAGACGGGCUGCGGGUUCCUGGACGGUGUUAUUUGCAGGACACCCUUUCCGGGCAUCUUCAGCAGAGACUGCAGAGGCUGUGGCUCGGUUUUUCACCCCAGCAAAUCCCAACUAACGCGGAUCGUUUUGCCCUGCACAGAUCCAUUGACUAGUUGUCUUUAAAGCUGGAGAAACUGAUCGCUCAAACGUUGUAAUUGAACUCCAAAAUGAAUGACGCCUCUGUUCAGGUUGAAUGAAAUCGCUGGAGGUUGUGGAAGUUUGUCUUAGCCCGUUUUCUUUUCUAAUGCGAGUUCUGCUGGUGAGGGGGGAACGACUGGUUUUUAUUAUGAUUUGCAAAUCAAUAAACGAGAUAUUUAAUUCUGUACAUAAA